AUGGAGCUCAGAUCGGGGCCUCGCCGGCGUUCCCCCCGGCUGCUAGCCCUAGGCGGCGGACCGGACCUCAUCAGCGCCCUGCCCGAUGACCUGAUCCUCCUCGUCCUCGCCCGCCUCCCCUGCGUCGGCGCCGCCGCGCGCACCGGCGUCCUCUCCCGCCGGUGGCGCGGCCUCUGGGCACGCCUUUGCUGCAUCGUCUUCCGCAACGUCCCCUUCCUCUCCCUCGAGCCGGCGCUCGCCCGCUUCUCUCAGCCGUUGGUCGACAGUGCCAGCCUGAGCUCGCUGCUCCGCGCCGCCGCGCGGCUCGACCCGGAGAAACUCGUUUUGGUCUUCCCGCCCGGCAUACUCGACUGUUCCUCCGUCGUCGACCUGCCUUGCUUCCACCGAGCCACCUGCAUAGUGAUGAAGCUCGAUCUUUACGAGAAGAGGCCCACCAUCCGCCGCGUGCCGGCUGGCGUCGAGUUCCCCGCACUCGAGACGCUGUUCCUGUCCAGCUGGACAACUGGCAUCAACACCUUGCUCUCCCACUGCCCGCGAUUGCGUAGGCUCGCACUCACCAAUGUUUGUUUCGAUGAGGGUGACCUGAGGAUCAACUCACCAUUGCUGCAGGAGCUUGUUGUGGCCGGUGCGGGUGUGAUAUACCAUGUUAAUAUUGUUGCCCCCGUGCUAAAGCAUUUGGAUAUAUUGAUACACCUCGACCUGGAGACCAGCAUUUCCGUGUUGGCACCAAUGAUGGAGAAUGUCUAUUGGCACUGCUUUAUAUCAAACUAUACUAAGUUUGGUUUUUGGGAAGUCGGGGAGGUGACUCUAAAAUCGGUAGAGAGACAAGGAGUGCUAAAGAUUCAUGCAGAUGCUGGAUUGCCUACUUUUUUUGAGGAAGGGGAGAAAUUUAUGCACGAGAUAGAGAGGCAUAUGAUUGCUGAUUUCUCUAUUUUGGAGCUGCAUCUCACAACAGAAGGACAUGUUUUUGGAGCAUUUGUCUGCCAUCUUCUUGGGAUGAAUCGAAUUCGGUGUGCUAUGCAGAGGCUUAAGGUCGACCUUCAGAGGCCAACGGUGAAAGGAAAAGUCUGUCCACCAAACUGUCCUUGUGAUUCUCCCGAUUGGAAAUCCCAAACUUUCUCUUUGACUUAUCUCGAAGAAGUGGAAUUCGACGGCUUUGAAGGAGAGGACCAUGAGCUUGAUUUGUUGAAAUUGAUUCUCAGAUGUGCACCUAUGCUGAAAAGAAUGAUUAUGAAGCUGUCAAAGGAGGCCUGGAUAGGUUACGGCAGAUGCACCAAAAUAUACGACAUCUUCAAGGCGUAUACUUCCGUGGAAUGCUACAUUUAUCUUAGCACUGGGUUAAUGCACGGCAGCCGGAACUGCCCACUGACAUGAUUCUCAUCCUUACAUCUGCGGAUUCAUGGUUUAAUGCAUGGCUGUGUGCUCCAAGUAGCGAGCUCUGUUUCGAUGCUUACUGAACCAGAUUAUAACUAGAUUAGCUUGCUCUCUUCUUCUCUGAACUACUACACCCUGUAUGAUGAACAGGGAGAUAAAUAUGUAAUCGGUGCAGCUAUUUCCUGGGGACAUGAUCCGCUUUGCAAAGUCCGUAGGGAGUUAUUUGCAAAAUUUCAGAGACUGUCUUGAACAAACCGAAGCCCUGUUUGCUGAGGACAUUUUCCCACCUGAGGCCCCACUUGGAAUGUCGUUUCUUAACCCAAA